AUGAUAGACAUUAGUAUGUACGGAAAUCAUCCUUCGCAUAGCAGUGGUUUUCAGAGCAGCGACCUUGGGGCGGGUGGCUACCCGUACUUCACGGCGGGCCACCACCAUCACCACUACCAUUUGCACCAAAGGCAGGCCUCGUCGGUCGGGUCACCGACUAGUGUGAGCUGUGGGCCCUCACAGCAUCACCAAGCGCAUCAAAUGCAGCCUCAUGCGAGUUCAGCGAUACCAACGAAUUUAAAUAACAACCCGAGGCACAACGGCAGCCCUUCGGCCACCGGUACCAAUAGCAGUACCAACAACACGGGCACCAACAACAACCCGGCUCCCUCCAGCAGCACUAGAAAUUGUAACAGCAAUAGCAGCAACAGCGCUGCUUCUAACUGUGUGAAUGCACCAUCCACGAAUGUUCAUCAGUCCACCUUUACUCAUACACCCCACCUGUAUAGCCCAUCCGCAAUCGAGUACGGCAUCACCACCUCCAGUUCUCCAACCACCGAGCUGUAUUUCGAAAGCGGCGAUAGCCAGGGCGCUGCCAUGUACUACGGGAGCGGUCAAUCGGUUCCUCCGGUACCAUUCCAAGAAAGUCGUAUUAUCAGCGCGGACAACGGACUCAGCUACACAAACUUGGACUAUACAAUGUACCACCAGGGAACGGGGCAAGACUGCAGUGAUAGUUCAAGCGGAUAUCUGUCGCAUCAUGACACCAAACUGCACCUUCAUCGCUAUGGAUCCGCUGGCUUCGCUGGCGGAGUAACAAACGAUUUGGUUGAUCCACAGCAUCACCACCUGACGCAACACAGUAGUAGUUGGCAGCAGCAGUCGCUCUACUCCUCGGACCCCAUUGUGCAGCAUACCCAGCAACAUGUGAACCAGCCUGGUACAAGUGUUCCAACACAAGCCUCAAUGCUUGAGUCACAAAUGCUUAUGAGCGCAAAUGUUUCGGAUGAUGGUGACAGUAAUGGCGACGGACGGAGUGUUUUACAAUUACAACAUCACCACAACCAUCAUCAUCUGCAUCCAAAUGCUGGCUUGCAUGUGCAGGCGAUGCACGCGCAACAGCACCAUUCCCCGCAGCAACAGCAGCACCAACAUGCCCAGCAACAUUCGCAACAACAGCAGCAGCAGCAGCAGCAAAACCAACAGAACGCGCCCACUUAUAAGUGGAUGCAAGUCAAACGAAACGUGCCAAAGCCCCAGUUAAGCAAACCUGUAAAUGUACAAACUCCUCCCGAAUACCAUAUUUCACCGCACAUCAUAGAUCCUCUACGGGGAAUUCCAAGCCAUACGACAAUUGUCGCUCCGAGUACCGUGUCACCCCAUCAAACAAGUUUUUUAAUUAACAAUAACAGUACCGGACGAACUAAUUUCACCAACAAACAACUUACCGAAUUGGAAAAAGAGUUUCACUUCAACAAGUAUCUGACAAGAGCAAGACGAAUAGAAAUAGCAAACGCGUUGCAUCUUAACGAAACGCAAGUAAAAAUCUGGUUCCAAAAUAGACGCAUGAAGCAAAAAAAACGAAUAAAGGAAGGGCUUGUUGCACCAGAAAUGCAAAAUCAAUCACCAAAACACUCCUCCAUGAUAAGUGCUAACGAAUCUUCGGUGGCAAACCCUACAAACUCGGCGAACACUACGGGAUCGGCAACAAGAUCCUCUUUGAACGAGAGCAACGAAAACAGCAGCGAGUCUACCACGAUUUAG